ACCUACCUAAAUGUCAAAAUCACGCCAAAAUCGCGGAGGGGAGAGUAUUUGCAAAUCGUGUUAUGUCAAAAUCGAAAACAAUCAACAUAACCUGAACAAAAACCAAAAAUGAGAGAAACGUUUGUUUUACCGGAGUUAAAGUCUCUUUUGGAUGUUAGUGGAGCAAACUGUGACAAAGUGGUCAUUGUCUCAAUUGUUGGUAAAUCACCAUGUAAUUCCAUGGGGCUCAAGGUGAAGUCUGUUGGACGAGUAUUUACAACAGGAUGCAAAAAUGAUGAAGAAUUAACAAUCGAAGGUUGUUAUGAUGAAGAAAACCAAAUCAUCUACCUGCACCUUCACAGCUUAUUAGAUACUGACCUAUUAAUCAAACACUACAAGACCUUAGUUGAGCGUUGUAACAAUGAACGCAAAUGUGACGAUUUUCUUGUAAUCAAUGAUGAAAUUAAAAGUGGGUUUGCCAGAGCCCUCCUACUUUUAAUCCACGUAAGCCACAUUGUGAUUCUGUCACAUCCAGGGUGGACUUUUGACACCAACUACAUCCAGUAUUUCAAAGCCGUGGACAAUCUUAGUCAAAAAAAACUUAAUAAAAUCUCCGAAGCCUUAAAAACUGUGGACGGCAUAAGUCCUGAAUGGGUCGCCAACGGGCGUCUGUGCACCCCUCGUUUUAUUUUCUAUUUCGAACGGUGCCCCAAAGGUGUCUACAAUCUGAAAAAGGUCGAGCAUAAUCUAGAAGACCGCAUUUAUCACAUUUUGAAAAAAACGCGCAUCAUUACCAGUUAUGGUCGUUCAAGUCAGUCUUUGUUCGCCAUCCCUAUGAAUGAAGAGUUUGUCUUCAUUUCGUCAGAACAGUCAGGUAUCGAUAAAUUAGGGGAUGCCGUGAGGGGUUUAAUCCAGGAUUGCCAACCCGGCGGGACCAUGCAAGUGCAGGCGCCAUUUUGUAGCCAACCCUACUCUGAACGUCACUUCUUAAAAUUCUUACAAGUACACAUCAAGCAGGCAAGAAGUAGUAAAGGUUUCAAUGAUAUGGGGAGUUCCAGCAGGCAUCAAUUAUCGCCACCGGCUCAUUUCGAGUUGCCAGUACUGAAACAGUGGGUUGAGAGCACCAAAAUUAUAUACGACGUGAUCAUGAAAAAGGGUUUGAUCACGUCGCUGUGUACGGAUACACGGUUUUCGGAACAGAGGUGUUUGAAGGUGUUGCCGUUAGCUUUGGCUCGUUACCAGGAGAAUUUACCACCGUACUAUGCCCAUGCGGAGCACGACAGAAGGUUGAGUAUGGCUCUAGCGUUGUUCAACGCGCAAGCUAGAGGUCCAGUUUUUCAACAAUACGUGACCAAAUUAAGAGCAGACUGUCAAGCUCAUUGGGAGAAUGGGCGACAGCAAUGCGAAGCCGCCUCCAUGACAGGGAAUCCUUGUAAAUUACCCAAACACGCGACGGAGCAGGAACAUAUGAGUGGAUUCGUCCACAAAGCCAUUUGCGAUUGUGGCCGCAAGAUCGGGCCCCGCGAAGACCCCUACAACGCCAAACAAGCCAACUACUUGUUCUACCAGCAAAUCGGACGCGAAUGCGUCUGUUCGAAACUCGAACGAAUUUCCUUUCCCAUUUUCCAGCCCUCCAUCAAGGAAUAUAAAGCAGCUACACUCAAAGAAACUGAAGAGGCCCUCUCGGUCCUCUCCGAUCGUUCGUCAGAGCUCACCCCGGAAAACGAAAGGGGGCUAGUGCGGCAGCCGAGCACCACCGAGUACUUGCCCGGGAUGCUCACCCUCAGCUCACCUCCGGGACUCCUGCCUGUCUACUCCAGUUGGAGUUUAGUAUGCUUGGGGCCUUCUUCCCUGUACAGCCACAAUCUGGGCUUAUCAGAGUCCCACCACCCCGGCUUUCUCAAUUCCACAAAUUACUUGCUGCCUUGGGACGUCACCGUGUACUCGAAGGCGAAAAUGAAUUGGGUGAACAAGUACUCCACGCGGGGGCGCAGAGGGCGACCGGCUGGGGCGUCGCCACAGUUUUCGGUCAAGGUGUUCAUCGGGGUGGAGUAUGAGUGUUCAUCAGGGCACAGAUUUAUGUUGGCGGCGCCCGAUAAGAUUCUCAAGGCCACGCCGGGGAGUAUCGUCAAGGACACGGGGCACAAGAUCGCCGAGUCCGACAUGCCACUGUAUUAUCCGUGUAUGUGUAGGGCUAGUAAGUUGGCACAACUGAUGCGGCUGCACGUGGUGACACCCAAGGCUCCGGUGCACUGCACGCUUGAUCCGAAGGUACAACCAGCCCCAGGAGCCCCCAUUUUCGUGAGUACGCUAGACCGCCCCACCAAACUUACGCAGUCGGCGUACUGGGUGAUGCGUCUACCUUUCGUUUACGUUGCAGAUAAGGAACACUAUCCACAAAACUUGGAAGCCAAGCUCCUACAGGGAGUUUUUGGAGUGACUGAAAUAGAGUAGUUUUGCAAUUGUUUUUAUUAAUAAAUUAGUGACUAGAGA